UAUGACCGUUUACCGGGUAACCGAAGAACCCUGGCUGUUGCACACGUAUCUAACAAGAAAAGCAAGGAAGCAGUGUGAAGUGUUGCAUUCAUAUCUUCCCGACGAAUGAUUCCUUGUAAAAAUGCCUCGUCCCAAGUAAAUGUUCUUUUCUUGCAGACAGAUGAUACACGACGGACAUCACCAAAGCAUCAGGACUUUUUAACCUCGAUCCACCGUAUACCUAUAUCAAUACCGAUCGAGCUAAUUAAUCCCACCUGAUCUUCUUCUUUGCCUGCUCCGAUCGAAUCCGAUCAAAGGCAGCAGCGCUAGCUAGCAAUAGCAACCUGGCCGGCGGCGGCGGGGAGUAGUGACUAGUGAGCGAUGGGCUGCUCGUCGUCGAAGCCGAGGCUGGAGGAGGAGGAGGCGGUGCGCGCGUGCCACGAGCGGCGGGGCUUCGUGAAGAAGGCGGUGGCGCAGCGGCACCUCCUGGCCUCCUCCCACGUCGCCUACCUCCAGUCGCUCCGCCGCGUCUCGCUCGCGCUCUUCUACUACCUCGCCGAGGACGAGCACCUCCACUUCCUCCAGCAGCAGUACCAGGGGGAUCCCCCGACGCUCCUCUGCAGGCACCUCCCCGCCUCGCCGGACACGAAGAAGAAUGUGUUCGUGGUGAACUGCCUCAGGCAGGGCGGGGCUCCCGUGCAUCCGCUCGUGGUGGAGCAGUACUGGGAUGAACAAGACGAGGGUGCCCAGAACGCCGUCGUUGAGGGGUUCUUCUUUGGUUCUCUUCCGGUGAUUGACGUGCCGGAUUCUUCUUCUCCGUCUCCGUCGCGGCCGCCGCCGCCGGGGUGGGACUUGUUCUGGGCCGACCCUUUCUCUUCGCUGCCCGGUCGAGAUCGGUAUGUGAAUUACGGCGUCGAAGUCGAAGAGGCGAAGGAUGAGGAUCAAGAAGGAGAUGAGGAGAUGCCGGAGCUGGAAGAAGCAACCGAUGACGACGACGAUGGCGGCGGCGGUAGCAGUGGGGAUGAAGAAGGCGAAUCGGAGGAGGAAGAAGAAGAGGCAGCAGAGGGAGGAGAGGUGAAGCUGAAGGCAAUGGAGGAUGAAGAGGAGAAGAAGGAGAAGGUGGUGGGCGUGAUUAACGAGCUGAGGGUGAUGGCGGGCGCGGAGGUCGAGCAGCAGAGCGCCCCGGGCCACUUCACCGUGUACGUCGACAGGCCGCCGGCGAGCGUGGCGGAGGCCAUGAGGGACAUCCAGGGCCAUUUCGCCAAGGUCGCGGACACCGCCGCCGAGGUCUCCGUGCUGCUCGAGGUCGUCCCCUACAAAAGGAAAGUUCGACCACCUGCUCCUCCGAGAGGCGAUGCCGAGGACGGCGGCGAGGGCGAUGGCGGCGAGCAAGGCGGCUGGGAAGCCUCGCCGGAGCCGUUCCAGCUCUUCCAGAGCCACAGGGAGAGCCUUGACAGGCUCUACGAGUGGGAGAAGAGGCUCUACGAUGAAGUCAGGGCAGCGGAGCGGGUGCGGCUGGCGUACGAGAAGAAGUGCGCGCAGCUGCGGAGCCAGGACGCCAACGGCGCCGAGCCGUUCGCCAUCGAGAGGACGCGGGCCGCCAUGAGGGACCUCCGCACCAAGCUCAAGAUCGCCCUCACCUCCGUCGACGCCGUGUCCAGGCGGGUCUCCGCCCUCCGCGACCACGAGCUCCUCCCGCAGCUCGCGCAACUCAUCCGAGGGCUGGCGGGGAUGUGGAGAGUGAUAGCGGACGCGCACCGGGUGAUGAAGCGCACGGCGGACGAGGCGAGCGCGCUCCUGUCCUCCUCGUCGGCCGCCGCUGCCGCCGCUGGAGGGAUCAGGGGCCCGCCGCCGCCGCCGCCGGGGCAGACGCGCGCGGCUGCGGCGGCGGGCGCGCUCGCUACGGAGCUCCGCGGGUGGCGCGCGGCGACGGAGGCGUGGGCGGAAUCGCAGCGCGGGUACGCGGCGGCUCUGUGGGGCUGGGCGCGGAGCUGCGUCAAGGACGACGCCGAGAAUCAGGAUCAGGGGAGCGCGCAGAUGCCGACGCCGAUGCCGCGGCUGCUCGUUGCCUGGGCGCGCGCGGUCGAGGCCGUGGACGUGGAGGCGGCGAGCAGGGCCGUGGAGGCCGUGGCGUCCGAGGCGAGCGCCAUCGCGACUGCCGCGAGGCGGCGGCGUGGAGCCGGGGAGGAGGAGCAGGAGGAGACGAGCGAGGAGGAAGGGAAGAGGAGAGUGUGCGCUGGUCUGGCGGCGGCGCUGGAGGCGAUUGCCGAGGCUGGCGGCGUGGCCUCCGCGGCGUACGGCGAGCUGGUGGCGGAGAUGGAAGAGGGUGACAGGGAGGGGGAAAUGGCGGGAAGGGACGACGGCUCGAUCCAAAACGACCGACAGUAGCACUUGGCGCCUCGAGGGGAGCUCUAAUCUGUAUAGAUCAAGCUGCUAAUUAGAAUAGUGAUUGGUAAACUAAUGUAUCGAAUUUAUUCUCUAAUCCAUCGCGGAAAAUAUAGCAUGUCAGGCAAACAAAAUUGUUCUGAAAAAGAAGCAUUCAAUCCAGGAA